AUGAUAUUCAUCAUCCUCUCAGGUGUGGGUGCAUUUAACAUCACUAUGUUCUCCACUUAUGGAGAGAACGUCACUCUGCCCUGUAAAAAUGUGGUUUAUCAGAACUGCUCCUCAACUACAUGGAUCUAUAACAACAAAACCUCUGGCAUUAUUGAAUUGGUUGGUCAUGGGAAAAUCAAAUCAGAGAACACAGAGAGAGCUGACAGACUGAGUGUGGGGUCUGACUGCUCUCUGAACAUUCAUAAAGUCAAAGCUCGAGGUGCUGGACUCUACACCUGUCGACAGUUUCUACAUGAAGGUGGAGAUCAAACUGGAGUGGAUUACUCUGUUCAUCUGACUGUUCUUAAGAUCAGCUCAUCCCUCAAACAGACUGAGAUGAGGUCAGGCACAACUGUGACUCUCUACUGCUCCCUGCAUCAUAAAUUCACAACAUGUAAUGAUCUAGUCAGGACUGAAAGACUGAGACUGAGCUGGGUGAAUGAGACAGGUGCUGAUCUACAGAACACCCCCACAGUCAAAAUCUCACACUUGUCUCAGUGUAACAUCAGUCUGACUGUGGAGCUCCAGGACCAAGACAAUCAGAGAGAGUGGAGAUGCCAGCUGACUAAAGGAAAGGAGAUACAGACAUCAUCUAUCACCUCCAACAUGUGUUCCACCUUUGCCAGGUAUGGACAGGCAUCAAAAGGUUUGGAGCAGAGCAUACUAGAUAUUUUGAUACUGGUAUUAGGGCUCUGGCAUGGAAGCCCAGAGCUUUACCUUGGUGCCACCAAGUGA